AAGGGUAAUUACCUAAAACUGUUCAGCAUAAAAGCGAGGUAAAUUAAGUAUUCGAGAAUAACGAAUAUAUAGGCUCUUCCUGCAUGAAGAUGGGUUUCCCAUUUUGUAUUCUUCUUCUCUCAAUUUCUGGGGUCUUCUGUGCUUCCGGACGCGAAAUCAGAGCAGUAAAGCCGAGAAAAGUGACAGAAAUGCAAGAAGUUAAAUUUGCAGAGUUUGAAUUAAAGUACGUUGAAGUUGUAGAUGCUAGUUGUUUGACAACUUAUUGUGGAGAAGCAUGUGUGAAAUCAAGUGAGCAACAUCUGACACAUUGUGAUAUGUGUAUCUCAACGAAAUGCGCUUACGACAGUGACAUCACUCCGUUCUUUGAUCACCUGAAAUGCACUAUCAAAGCACGAAAAGAAUGUUCUAAAAACCACCUUUGCUCCGAUGUUAUUGAUAGAUCUUCAUGUGUAGAAUGUAUGGAUUACUGCCUAUCAAAAGCCGCGAGAAAAAGGAUUUGGAGCAAGUUAAUGGAAAAAUGCAAAAAUGACUGCACGGAAGAUGAAUGCUUUAUCAACAAGGCGUCGAAUGAAUGUAUUGCUUGUAAGCUGCGUUGUAAUCUUCCAGUAUCGACAACCCAAGAGUGAUUAGGACUUACCAUCGUUUGUGCCAAGCGAUGUUUAUAUUGUUCAGUACAGGAUGACCCGAAUCUUGGCCUUGUACUUGAGAAUAAUUUUCGUCAAUUAAUAUUUUUUUCUUAAUUUCAGUACGGACUUUUGCGUAGCAUAUCCAUUUGUUUUCAAAUAUAAAUUGUAGUUUAUCAAUAAUA